AUGUCCGAUUGGGACAAUUUGGAUAAAUUAGUCGAAGCGAAUUGUAUUCCAAUCAAAAAAAUUGCUGCUUCAAAAGUAGCAAGCAGUCUUGAGGAGCAAAAUAUCCUUUUUGCAAAAGAGAAUAAUAACAGUGAUAUUGAAGAUGGAAUGUCUACAUCAGUUUCGAGCAAAAAUGAUGUCGGAUCGGAGAAUGAGGAUGAGGAAGCUGGCGACAUUAUCAUUACCAAUGAUUUCACAAUAGGUGAUGUGGACGUAGUUGAAAUCUUAAAUCGUUUCAAUUCGAAAUAUGAUAAUAUAAUUUCCGAAUUUGCGGAUGUAGAAAUAUUUUUAAUAUCGAUGGAUGGAUUAUUAAUCGAACUUACAGCACACACAUAUUUAAAUUGGACUCUAGGUGGCCAGACUAUCGUUAUUGCAAAACAAAUUGAAAUUCUGUUGAAACAGCUUUUAAAUCUUGGCGGCAAGUUUAAAUUAAUUUGGUUUACGGAUUUGUCUGCUAUCUAUGCCAAAGAUACAGUGCUCAACUUUUUGCGUAGUUUCGUUGCAGCUUACUUGCUUCAGUCUCAGUGGGCAGUGGAUAUUGAGCAUUUUGUCAAUCCUAGCGAUUCGCUUUGGUUAUCUUACUUACAUGAACUGAUGCCUUCAUUUUUGAUGAUUGGCGUCGAUGAUGUAUCAGAAAAUGUGGUAGCAGAUACUGGGCUGGGUUUCAAGCAACUUCUUGCUUCAAUAGCGCUUCAGGCACUUGCUUCGACCAUUCCUGUCGUGUAUUUCAGUGGUCUUGUCGUGAAUCUUUGCUCGGUUUACAGCCAUCGUGUUGAGCCACACAUAGUCGAUUUCAAAGGAUGGACCAAUUAUUUAUGUCAAUUGUGGACCGAAAAAAAAAGUGAAGUUCACCGAAAUAUUAACCUAUCAAGUUGCAAAAGUGUUUCACAUUUAUGGGCUCAAAUCAUUGGAGAUUGUAAGAAAAGUGGUACAUUACCGAAAGAAUCUGAUGCGCUGACGUCUGCUGUACUUAUUUCUUCACUGAUUUGCGAACGUCGUGGAACAGAACGUCGCUAUUUUGAGGAAAAUAAAGCUUCGAAAAGAGGCAUCGAUUUUAUCAAAUUCCGAAGAACACUGCUCAAUUUCUGUGCGUCUUUAUUGGAUACGCUUGAUUUAAAACAACAUGCGUUAUCCUUCUCAUUGGUCGAUCUUUGGGAUGGUCUUUUGAUAACGGGAAUAUACGAUGCUAUAAACUCAGGCGUAAAAGUUCUUCCGUAUCGUCUUCAACAAGAAUUAGCUCCUCUACAUAAAAUCGCAUGUCUGGAGCUGUCUCUUGAAGUCGACGUAAACGAUGCUUUAUUUGAUUUGGCUGUAAAAGAAAUAGAUUUUAAGAAGCCCUCACUUCUUCCUAUCAAUUCUGAAUUGUUGAAUCGAUACGCUCCAGAAAUGCUGGGCGCUAUUGUGGAUGAUUGCACGGAAACGGAACCAUCUACUUUCAAUGAGUUCUGGCUGCGUACUAAGUGGCGUCUCGAUGUUAUUGAAGAGCCUUACACUAAGCCAGAAGAACGAAUUGACAGUGCAUAUCAGAUGAAAAGGCACAACAAAGACAAACAAAAACUUGGCAAAUGGUACGAAUUCUUCGCAGAAUCGCUCGAAGGACGUGGAACCAGUUUGCUAGUAGAUUUUUCACGUACACCACGUGGAUUUGUUUCAAAAAUUGAUGAACAAACUGAUAAAAAGAAAGAGAAACAACAAUGGCAACCGAAAGGCAAAGGAAAUGGACCAAAAGGCAAAGGAGCUGUUAAAUCAAAGAAAGAAUUAAUUUUGGAAGCUAAUCGAAAUAAAAAGAAUGAAAAACUUGCGGAAGAUGAAAAACAAAUGGUUCGAUUUGCAAUGCAACAAGGAAAGAAUGCAAUGUUUAUUUUGGAAAAUUUGAUGAACAAGCUCGAACUGGCCUCAUCUAGAGCCAUGUGUGUUUACCAGCAAGUACUACGUAUGUCAGAUGAUCUCAAUUCCUUGGAGGGACGAGAUUUUGUGGAGAAGAGAAGGAUUCGGGCGGUUCCUAUAAUCAGUAAAUUGAAGGAUCUGUUUACAGUGUACUGGCAGCAUUUAGAUGACAAACAGAAAGAUUAUACCACCGAUUUAUGGAUCUCCCUGGGUUUUGAAAAAAGCAAGAAGCCAACUGCUUUUUCUGAAGGCAAAUUAACAUUGAAAAUGAAUAUGAUUUAUUAUCAAUUGGCUUAUGGUGGUGAAAUUAUUGAUAUUCGAUCAGAUCCACAGAAAGAUGAUCGCGUAACUGGUUUCCAACCGGAUGCAUGGCAAAGACGGAUGUUGGACGCUAGUGAAAAUGAGGUUCGCAUUGUAAUUUUGAACAUUUCAGAUCAUUCGGCUGUUAUAAUUGCUCCAACUUCUGCAGGUAAAACUUUUAUAUCGUAUUACUGUAUAGAACGUGUAUUACGACAAAGUGAUGAUGACAUGGUUGUCUAUGUUUCGCCUUCUAAGGCACUUCUCAAUCAGGUUUGUGGUUCAGUGUACGCUCGUUUCCGUAAUAAAACUUUAAGUGGUGGAAAGUCACUUUUUGGCACGCUUCUAUUGGAAUAUUCCGACAAUCCAAUGAACUGUCAGGUGCUCAUCACUAUCCCGGAGUGUCUUGAAAAUUUGCUUUUGUCAGCGAAUCCACUAGUACAGAUAUUGAUCGACAAAAUUAAAUACGUCAUAUUUGAUGAAGUUCACUGCAUUAGUGCUUCUGCAGAUGCUCACAUUUGGGAACAUCUUUUGCUUCUUAUUAGAUGUCCCUUCCUUGCCCUCUCAGCUACCAUCGGUAACGCAACAGUUCUUCAUCAGUGGUUGCAGUCCGCCGAGAAAAGUAAGAAUAUACGAGGAACACCUUUAAGAGAGGUUGAACUGAUAACAUAUGGUGAAAGAUAUUCGGAAUUGGAACUUGCUGUGCAGCGGAUUAGUCCGAUAACUGAUGUAACAAGUCAAAACGGAAACGCUGUGAACUCAAUGAUUGAACAUUUUAUGCCGUAUGGUGUAUAUAAACCGGUAAAAUUGUCUAUGUUUGGCAUUCCUGGUGAUCAGCAGUUAACUGCGAGGCAAAUCCUUGAUUUAUAUCAUGCUCUUGCCGAAGUGGAUCCAGUAGUCAAGGAAGAAUUUGAACCGUGUUCAUUUUUCAACUACAAAGCUGAAGGCGAAAAGGUUUGGCUUACACGUGAAGAUAUCAGACGUCUGGAGGUUGCUUUGAAAAAUCGUUUUUUGGAAUGGCUUGAAAUGAAUCCAGAAAGAGCUAAUAAAGUUUUGCAUGAAAUUGGUAAAAAUGUACAAAAUGAAUUAGACUUCAGAAGUAGACCAUUUGAUCAGCGAGCAACAGCGAUGAAAAACAUUGCCCCUCUGAUUCUGGAGUUACGUGAUAGGGAAUUACUUCCGGCAAUUUGUUUUAAUGAAGAUCGUCGGAUAUGUGAGAGACUGGCUCAGCAGCUAUUUGAUUAUCUUGAAAUGCAGCAGAAGGAGUUUGAAGCCAGUGCGGAAUACAAAAAAUAUGAAAUAAAAGAUGAAGAGAAAAUAGCGAAAAUGAUGAAAAGGAAGCGAGAUGCUGCAGUAAUAAAGGAGAAAAAAAAAUUGAAAGCUGCAGAUAAGUUUGAGAGAGCUGAAGUGGAAGAGCAAGAACACAAGGUACAGGAUGUUGAUGAUUACGAUCCGCUUGCGGCAAUGAGAUUACGUUUGAAUAUGGUUUUAGAAAAAUUUAAAUUACAUGGACGGCAGCGUGAUGCAGAUUUGUUCCAAAAAGUGACUGCAAGGUUGGCAAAAGAUCGAUUGUCGAGAGAAACAACAAAAUUACUGUUCAAACUUUUUGAACGCGGUAUUGGCUUCCAUCAUCCCGGUUUGAACUCUAAGGAACGCGGUGCUGUCGAAAUCUUAUUCAGAUCUGGUUAUUUGGCAGUUUUAUUUUCGACUUCAACGCUAGCUCUUGGUAUUAACAUGCCAUGUAAGACAGUUCUGUUUGGAGUUGAUGAUGCAAAUCUGACACCUUUACAAUUCCGGCAAAUGUCUGGCCGUGCAGGCCGUCGUGGUUUUGAUCAUUCAGGCUCAGUCAUUUUCAUGUCUAUACCAACUGCCAAGAUACGCCGCUUAUUAACAGCGAGUCUAUCGACUUUGCGUGGAAAUUUGCCGUUUACUACAUCGUAUAUUCUACGUCUUUUUGGCUACAUACACCAAGAAGACAGCGUGAUGAGUGAACUUCGUUCUGGAAAUCCAAAGCUUUCACCGUUUGAGCUACGAUUACGAACUGCCUUGUCGUUCUUGACAAAUUCCUUUAUUCUUCAUACACGCGCCGAAUUGUCAUCAACAGUGCAGAAGCAGCUUAAACUGUACACACUUUUUGCUGUUCAGGUGUUGCGUUCCCUGAAUUUAUUGAAUCAGAAGGGUGAAUUGAGCGGUCUAGCUUCUGUGGUAUGUCAUUUAUCAGCCAACGAACCGGGUAAUCUUCUUUUCGCACAUCUUCUACAGAAUGGUGUAUUCCAUAAGUUGUGCGGAAGUAAAACGAUAUCGAGGGAGGAAAUGAAAAGUCAGUUGGUGCUUAUUUUUGCACAUUUAUUCACCAGUUUGCGUUUGCCACUUAGUUGGAACCCGAAUGACAAGAAUUCUUAUCCGUCAACAGGUGAAUCAGAGAUUUUCUUGAAGCCUUUGCCUGACAGUUGCGCUUUGUUAGUUGAACAGUACGCUAACAAGGUGGAAAAUUUAUAUCGAGAAUUUAUGCGAUUGGCUACUCCUAGCAAAAAGCUUCAGGGUGAGGUAUUCUCCCUAACAGGUUACUCGGAUUCAUCAGUUUCAAUGUUUUCAUCAAAUAUUGUUCAUCCAUUCCAUGAUUAUUUGCUCUAUGAUGAAGCAUUUAUGCCAGCUCGCCUACUAAAUCCAGUUGAUCAUCGUGGUCGAAAAGUACAUCUAAAUGCGUAUGCAGUUGAUUUUUGGCGUCUAGAAUCAAAGAAAGCGUUGGAACGAGAUAAUGGAAUUAGUGAAAAUAGAGUUUGGGGUUUAAUUCACAGUUUUUCAUCUACUCUUCUUAAAAUCAAAGAUGCACUGCUCGCUGUUGGCCGUUCCAAAGAUUUAUUUGUAGAAGUGAUGAGCGAAUUGGCCGAUGAAUACUAUAAAAAAUUCUGUGUUGCCUUUUCGAUGAAACGGAAAAUUCGUGUCACCUAUGAAAUUGCGGAUUGA